AUGCCGCCACAUGAACUUCACUUUGGCAGACCUAUGUCCGGUCCAUUAACAAUCGAGGACCCCAUACUAUUCGUGGGACGGCUCACACAAUCAUUCUUUUCGCAAACCCUGACUACCCUCCACCUCACCAAAUGCAAGAACAUGCCAUUGCCUAUUUUCCUCAUCUGCCCCAAGUUGAGAGAAGUACGCCUUGACUUCGUGGGAGUUACUGAAGAGAGCUACGAUGAAUACCCAGAGGAAUAUUGCUCUAGCUGA